AUGUUCCAUGGGGAUCACAUCACUAUUUCGGUGGAUCGGGUAGAAUGCAACCCUGGUAGACCCGGGGCCAUUACCUGCUUGCCUGAAGAAUUACUCAUUCCUUUGAAAAUGUCCCGUAAAGAUAUUCCGGCAAGAAAUUUCGAACAAGCAGCGGAGAGUCUAUUUCGCAACCUCUUCACCGGCCACCCUAACCUGGAAUUGACCACGUGUUUACGACUAAUCGGUCGAAUGGUCCCAGUUGGACGAAGUCAGAUUAAUUGUGUGGCGGAACUGAAUAAAGCUAGUUCGAAUAUUGAUCAUCUCAGCUUUGACAUCAUAUUUAUGGAAUGUCCACUGUCCCUCACCCCCAUGCCUGUCAUCCCACUGAUCAAUUCGGCUUUAUCACGGAGCUUGGAAACCAGCAUAAUCUAUCCGACCGGAUCGCCAAACCCGCGUAAUAUACUCGAUCCGGUUUGGGACGCUCGAUUCGGAUACAUUUCACUGACAAACAAUUCUCAAUACGCGCUACACUUGGACACCGAUCCAACCGUGCACUCCUCGAAUCUGGUCGGAAUGUGA